AUGGUGGCUCGUGUCGGCAGUGGCGGGCAGCAGCAACGCAGACCGCAGCAGGGGUCUUCUUUGGGCAGCGAGUAUAGGAUCAAGUCGGCAGUCCUGCAUCCUGACUGGUACCUUCGAUUCCACGGGCAGAGCGGUUUUGAUAUUGCCCUGUUGAAGCUUGCAGUUCCGGUGUCUCCAGAUGAAGUGGACGUAGACACAAUCUGCCUCGCGGACGCCAAUACCACACUCGCCAAAACCGACAAAUGCUACGUUGUUAGAUGGGGACUCGCUGAAACCAACUCACCCUGUACAGUUAAGGGUAUGCCAUAUCGGCAUCUUCGCGGUGGCGCCCACGGACAUUCUAGAAGAUAUCACGGCCUCCUUGACUGUCGGUUCACCCGAUCUCGUCGCCAGCGAGAACCACUUAGUGCGCUGGAGACCAGGGUGAUGCCAGUGCCACUGAAAAAAUGCGUGCGAUCGCGUUUACACCCGAACAAGGAUCACCUUAUUUGCGCUGGUGGCGCCGGUAGGACCGUUUGCACCGGUGACCACGGAAGCAGUCUGUACUGCCUCAAUUCAAAAACUGACCGUUGGUUCCUUCACGGAGUCACUGGACAGCAUUGGCGCCAUCGUUGCAGUGACGCCUACAGCCUCUUCAAUUCAGUCCCCAGUGUCACAGCCUGGAUCCAUCAACACAUUCAAUAA